AUGGUCUUACAAGCCUCUACCUGCCUGCUAGCUAGUGUGUUUGACGUGACGAGUGCAACAUACGGUGCAAAGCCUGGCUCUGAUGUCAGUAAUGCCUUGGCCAAGGCUUGGAGUGAUGCAUGUGCAUCGCCAUCGGCGAGUAAAGUUGUUGUUUCGAGUGGGACAUACAAGUUAAAAGAAGCAACUUUCAGGGGCCCCUAUAAGGCUCCUAUUGAGAUGCAAGUUCAAGGCACAUUGCAGGCUCCAGCAGACGCUAGCCAACUCACAAGACCGGAUACUUGGGUUGGUUUUUAG